UACUAUUUAUGAAACCUUCCAAGAUUUAAAUAACAAACCAGUCAAUAACGUGAGGUGAAAUGAUCCCAAAUCAUAGGAAAAAAUAUUCCAAGUCUUUGAAAAGUAAUUUUUCAGAGGGUAAAUGACUUGAAAGUGUUAUUCAAACAAGCGAAUGGACCAUCAAUAACCACGGACUGGUCUAAUAACCUCUUAAAUGGCAGUCUGAAAACUUAUUCAAUGCACUAGUGUAUCGUAAAACAUCCUAUCAUAGUCGUACAAUCCUAGACUAUCGUUCAACAAAAGUGUUCCUCAUGCCGAAUUCAAUCAUAAUACUAAUCUUAUUCUUUUUGUUAGAACAUAGAUUUCUGACAAUAAGUCAUUUUUGUUUGUAAUUAAUUUAGCACGGUUUUAACCCUUUUUAAUGCCGAAUAUAUCCCUUGAAUACAUUAUAACUUGUACAUGAAAGUAAAUUAACGAACUGGAUUGCCGCAACUGAACGUUUUCCGUAAAUCUUCUAAUACUCCAUUACUAUAUCUUCUUCGUGUCAUUUUCGGUCUUUAAUUUGAAAAUCGGUUUAUUUUAAGCUCAAAAUUUGAGAAGGAAAAGUCUUUUGUUAUCCUGGAUCGCGCACGUGUGAGUCAAUGCUAAAUACAAAAUGAAAAAAAGCCAAAAACUCUCAAUGACGUCGAUUUACAUCUAUCACAAGUCCAACAAAGUUACAUGUUAUAAAAGCGGUAAAAUAUGGCUCGAGUAGCAACUGUAGUGUAAAUAGCUCAACCAUCCUCCAGCUUCAGUUUUUUUCAGAUCCCAACUGCGAAAUGGCUAAACGGGAGGACAGCUUCCACCCUGCAGGUCGACCCUUAAUGACAGAUGGAUGGCCGGGUAAAUACGAGAGCAAUCUAUUCAUAUAUGAGUAUAACGUGCAAUCAUAAUCAAUACUUUAGCCGUCAUUACCGGUAGUUAGCUCAGUUGGUUUUUAACCAUCGUAACAAUUUGAUCAUUUCCGUGUACAAUUUAACGAGUUUUCACUGUUAAAAUUGAAAUGUUAGCAGUUUUCUAGCUAACGUGUAUGGUGAUUGCCAUUAAGGGCUAGGACGAGCUGUGAUAGACGUUAUCGAACUCGCUACCUUUUAAGGUCGUUUUACGAGCUUUAAGCACUGAUAAACGCUGCAAUGAUCGCACUCGAUGAGCGUUUAAUUGCCACGGUCAAAGGGGGUCCGGCUAUUUCAACGACAAAUUUAACGUGGAACAUCUUCCCGAUCGCCUAGGUAGCCAUGGUAACCGAGGCCCUUCAACUUCAAUGUCCAGCCCUGUCACAGCGGGAGUUGGAAUAGACAGAAAACAAAGGGCUAAAAACCAAAAAGGCAAACUCAUAAUACAACAGAACUUAAUGGUGUAGAAUGUCCAACGAGUCGCAGGCUAAUUACUGCAGAUAACAGAUGUUGCCUCCAUCAGCGUGGUUACAUAGUCGGUCGAUAGCCCUCAAUAAUAGAGCCCUAUAAUCAAUCUCUGAUGGUCAUUAUUCUAGGUAAUAAUAGAGAUCAAGAUUAGAGUAUUUAUACUAGGGCACUAGUAAUCAUUUGAAUAGUCUAACCAUGAACACAACCCAGUCAACCUCACAUCGACCAUUCUUGCACGGAUACUAUGUACUGCCUUGCUGCUCCUCUCGACACUGCGGCUACAGUACUCCAAGGCGUGUAACCAGACAGCCUUCUUUUACUAUUGAGUCUAUUUUAAGCAGAAGAGCGUCCUCGCCGCCUAGAAGACCUACGGCGGACUCGGUGGACUAUCUGAGAACGCAAGGGGCAGCGUCGUCGUUGUCGGCAAGUUUGUCUACUUUACAGAGACUGCAUCCGUACCCUGCGUGCUACAGCCGUGCACUCGGCUCUACCAUUGACACUAAAGGUGAGUGUUCAUCCACUACAGUUAAGCGGCCAUGGAAGGCAGAGAAACCCAAGCGCGUAAGAACGAUCUUUUCUCCCGACCAACUCGAACGACUCGAGAAAGAGUUCGACAACCAACAAUACAUCGUUGGGACUGAGCGCUUUUACCUCGCCUCUGAACUCGGGCUAACAGAGACACAAGUGAAAGUUUGGUUUCAAAAUCGACGCAUAAAGUGGAGAAAACAAAACCUCGAAGGUCCCAAAGCAAAGGAGGAAGACGAAGAAGAAGAACCAGAACAAAUUUAACAUGACUACAAACUCAAUUGCUUGUCGUAUUUGUAAAUAGGAAAACAUGCCUUUUUCGUUCCAUUUUUGUGUGCAUUGAAUCGUAAACCGAUUAGAAAACUGCUUUCUAGAUCAUCUGUUCAAAGCCUAGUAUUUAUACAAAUCACAUCUAAAACAAUGUAAAAAUCUUUGUUGUCGUAGCGUUGUCAUAUUGUUAAAAGCUACAUCAAUACAAGAAGCGGUAAUAACAGACAUAGUGUACUCCGUGAUUAGCUUUGUUCAUUGACAAACUAAUCCUAUCUAUGUAAUGUAGAUCCUAAGAAACACAAUGGACCAGGUUGAUUUAUUCUUCAAAGGCUUUUAAUUGAAUAACAGGUGUUAGCAAUAACUAAAGAUUAUUAUUCUUGAGACUUUUUAAAGUUUCAACUCGUUCAUUUAACUAGCUUUUGUAAAGUUGUGUCAACUCGCCAGCACUACGAGGGCUGAGCGCAAACCAUGAGAACAUGAAUACAACGCCGAGACCAAUCAUUUAACU